AUGAUGUCUGUAUGCGAUGUUGUUUCAAAGAUUACAAAAAGCUUACUAUUGCGUGUUGUCUUUACUUCGCCUGCUGCCAGCCCGCAGCCUCCACCUCGCUGGUCCCAAGGAAGGAAACGUGGAGCAGAUGGAAAACGGAGAAAGCAGAAUGAAUUAGAUUCGUCUGUUUUUGAUGAAAAUGAAUAUAGGCCUUCUGACAACAGGCUGGACAGUUUUACAACACCGGAAGGCCCUGGACCCCUUUCACGGUGUUCAGACUGGGGAACUGCAGUGGAAGAAGAUGAAAUGAGGACCAGUGUUAACAAAGAAAUCGCAAGGUAUAGAAGAAAACUCCUGAUAAAUGAAUUUUCAAGAGAAAGAAAGUCCUCCUCUGGAAGUUCUGAUUCAAAGGAAUCCACUGUAACAGUAGAACUUGAGACAGAUGAAGUGGUUUUGAUGAGAAGACAAAAGCAGAUAAACUAUGGAAAAAACACAAUUGCAUAUGAUAGAUACAUUAAAGAAGUUCCUAGGUGCCAUCGUAUACCAGGAGUUCAUCCCAGAACUCCAAAUAAAUUUAAGAAGUACAGCCGUAGGUCAUGGGACCAGCAAAUUAAGCUAUGGAAAGUUGCGUUGCAUUCCUGGGAUCCACCUGCUGAAGAAGGAUGUGAUCUACAAGAAAUUACUCCUGUUGAUCUUGGUGAGAUGGAGACAGAAUCUAUAGGAAGCCAUUCUACUGAAUCUCAAACGAGUUCUCAAGAUAACGAUGACACUUAUUCUGGCACUCCCACAAAAGUCAGACAUGUCAACUAUCAAACAGAAGAUGAAUUUGACUUGGAAGCGUGUUUGAGUGAGCCGCUUAAAGAUCUCAAUACUAUGAGUUAAGUAGUGUUGGGCAAAGUGUUUUAGAGGAAGUUUAUUUUAAAUUUGAGAGGUUAGCCUGAUUAAUAAACUGGGUGUUGUCUACUUGUUAAUAGUAUGAAAGCUUGAGCAAAGUUAAGGACUGUUCUCUAAGCUGUGGUUGGUCUAUGUAUUCUCUGGACCAAACCUAUGUAAAAAUAGAAUUAAGUUGUGUGACUUCUUUUUAACUUCUAAUUUAUGUUUUAUCAGACUUUUUUUUUUAAAGAACUUUUCAAUAGAAAAAUAGCCAAAGGCAAUGCUGUCCUCAAGUAAUCCUAAAUAGUUCAGUAAGAGCAUACUGUUUAUCCUGUAGCUGAGUUUGUAACUUCAGUUGCCAUGUCACAUCAAGAGCAAAGUAGGGUGAUGUUGUUGACCAUCGAUAUGCUACUUUGUUUUUCCAUGUGGCUCUGCUACAAAGAUUUAUCUGUAGGUAAUACAGGAGGCAGCUGAACCAUGCUGAUGAUUAGUACUAGCAAACAGAGCCACUGCAGUUAAAUUUAAGUUUAAACUGCCUUACGUAAGAAAGAGCAGGUUCUUUUUAUUUGCAAAAAUAUUUCCGAAACAAUGGGAAAGUAAAUACUGUAAGAAUCUGGAGUUCCAUAUGGUAAAGCCCAGGUAGAAGUGAUAGUGCUUUAAGAAGCAGUAGCCCGAGAAGUCUGUAAAUAGUCAUGAACGUUAAAUGCAGUCAAGAAAACGAAGUGCUUAAUUCUUUUUAAUUUGCUGAUUUUAAAUGUAAAACUGUUGUAAAUGAUAACAUUGUACAGACUUUCUGUUUUCAGCAGAAGAUGUUUCUAUUGC